CUCUUAUCUAGUGAUAAGAUACGACGCUUAUCAAUUGCGCAGGCAUUUGUCGCUUGGCGUCGAUUCAUCCAAACUUCUGGUUAGUUUAGAUUCAAAGAACGGCAAGAACUCCAUGACGAUGCGCAUAGAAACGAAAAGGCUGCGCCUAGGCUUCAGCCUUUGGCUGCUCUGCUGCUGCGCCGCAAGCGGCAGCCAAGCAGAGCAAAUAGACGCCAAUGAGCCAGCAUUAGAGUUCGAUCGCUUUUGUUAUCCGGCAACGCAACGUAAUACGCGCAAUUCGUGUGAAUGCAGCAAUGUGGAUGCCGCACCGUGGGGCAUGCGUGCACUGCAUAUCGAUUGCAGCUACAAGAAUUACAAUAAGGAGCAGUUAAGUGAGUUGCUGCCGCUUUAUAUAGACAGCUUGGAUGCCUCGUGGAAUUCAUUGCUGGCAGUGCCGCAUUUCGCCAGCGACAGCCUCAGGCAAUUGAAUUUGAUGCAUAACAAUAUCAGCAGCUUGAUGGAGAACAACUUUGGCGGCCUGCGUAGUUUGCAUGAGCUUUACCUAGGCUGGAAUAGCAUACAGCAGCUGCAUGCGCUGAGCUUUGCCAACUUGCCACAUCUGCAAGUGUUGCAGCUGUCGCAUAACAAUUUGCAUGUGUUGCCGGCGCAACUUUUUGCGCCGCUGCUGGUGCUGCAAGCGCUGGAUUUGUCCUGGAAUCGUCAGCUGAAUCAAUCGCUGAGCGGUUCACAGCUUUACAGCAGCUACGGCUUGCAGCAAGCGUUGCAAACGCUGCGACUGGAUGCCUGCAACUUGCAGCAGCUGGAGCUGCCACAUAAUUUGCCGCUGCGUGAGCUUUCGCUGCGUCGCAAUCAGCUCGAGCGCUUGCCACAGCAGCUGCCCGCGCAGCUGCAGCGCUUGGACUGCAGUGAGAAUCAGUUGACGCAGCUGCUGCCUGUGGAUACGAAACAGUUGCAGCAGCUGCAGCAACUUUAUCUGGAGGAUAUGCCACAGCUACAAAGCAUUGCCGCUCAAGCGCUGGCGCCGUUGCAGCAACUGCAACAGUUGAGCUUCCAGAACAGUCGCCGCUUGAGCUCCAUCGAUCCGGAAGCCUUUCAACUCGCCACACCCAACUCGCAUUUCAAUUCAUCGCUGCGUCUGCUCAGCUUUCGUGGCACUUUGCUGCGCAGCUUUAACGCGAGUUUGGCGCCCGUUUUUGGCCAACUCACGCAGCUGGAUCUUAAUGGCGUGCCGCUGCACUGCGACUGCGAGCUGGCCUGGCUCAAGGACUUUCCGCUCAAUCAGACCAAUGGCCGCUGCUUGCGUCCGGCGCGUGUGCGUGGCAUUUUGCUCUCCGCGCUGCGUCGCGAUGACUUCAAUUGCAAUCGCUGGCCCAGAUGGGCCUAUGGACUCAUCAUUUUGUCACUCAUUGCGCUCUGCGCCGCGGGCGUUUAUUUGAUUGUCAUGGGCCUGCGUCCGCAUCGUGGCGUCACCAUGCGUCGCAAAGUUGGCUCCGGCAGUCCGUACGCUCGAGUUACCAUCGAGCCCAAUCGACAGGAGCAUUUCACUAGUUAGUUCGCUUAGUUUGUUCAUUGCAUUUGAGUCUGUGUUAAUUUUAUACUAACAAAUUUACAAAUAAA